AUGUCGGUCAAUAUUGUCAGGCGAACGACCAAGAUUUUGGUCCUAAACCCAAACUCCUCCAAGAGUAUGACACAUGGCCUAGAUGGCGGGAUCAGGGCGAUGGAGUUAUUCCCGUCCACCGUAAUUCAUACUUACACCGCGCCGAAACAAAGCCCCGCUAGCAUCAACGACGGCAACGACGUACUCGCAAGCGUCGAAGUCGUGAAGAAAGAUUUGGAACAGACCAACCUUCUGCUGCAAUACGAUGCGGUGCUUGUCGCCUGUUUCAGUGUACACCCCUUAGUCGGAUUCUUAGCAGACAAGCAAGGUGAAUUUGGCAAUUUGGCCGUGACGGGCAUCUUCGAGGCCAGCGUACUUGGCUGUCUAUCAUUGUUGCGCCCAGGCAAGAAAUGGGGAAUUGUAACGACUGGAAAAUUCUGGGAGGAACACCUAACGCAGGGAGUAAAGGACUUUCUAGGCAUCGAAUCAGGAGUUCUAAACUCUAAAUUUGCCGGAGUGUAUUCGACAGGGCUCAAUGCGGGCGACUUUCACGGCGGCAUCGACCCAGAGCUCGUGCGGCAAAAACUACGGGAGACAACCGCCCAGCUCCUGGAAAGGGGGGACGUAGAGUGUGUGGUCAUGGGCUGUGCUGGCAUGGCAGGGUUAGAAGAAAUCAUCCGAUCCGUGGCCGCCGACAAGUACGGAACGCAAAGGGCUAACGAGCUUCUUGUCGUCGACGGCGUGAGGGCAGGAAUCAGCCUGUUGGAGCGAAUGGUUCGGAGUAGGAAAGCUUUCCAAAGAACCUGA